AUGGCAUCCAAAUCUCUUUCAAUAUUUGUGCACAACUUUCUUCUUCCCUUCAUGUUUGGAUUAUCAGUGGGUAUCAUCAUCAUCUCCACUUAUUCAUACCGCUUCAACACCUUCUCAUUCCCCUCCAUUUUUUCCCCACUGCACUCAUCACUACCCACAAACUCCUCCGAUCCUCCUCCUCAGCCGCCGUCGCUGCCCUUGAAUGCUAGUAUGAAACUAGACGAAAAGAAGUCUCUGGAGCCACACAACAUGACGGAUGACGAGCUGCUACGGUUAGCCGCGGCCGCAUCGUCGUCGUCAGCAGCGAAAACAUUUAUUAAGGAUGUAGCAAAGGUGGCGUUUAUGUUCUUGACACCAGGACCCCUUCCGCUUGCGCCUUUGUGGGAGAAGUUCUUCGAGGGUCAUCAACAUCUUUUCUCCAUAUAUAUCCACGCACACCCUUCUUAUAAUCAUUCUUUCCCAGAUACCUCUGUCUUCUUCCGCAGAACAAUCCCCAGCCAGGCUGUGUUUUGGGGAACAUUAUCAAUGAUCGACGCAGAAAGAAGACUCCUAGCCAACGCCCUACUCGAUCUCUCCAACCAGAGAUUCGUUCUGCUCUCCGAUUCAUGCAUUCCUCUCUUCAACUUCACCACAACCUACCACUAUCUUAUGGCCUCAACCCUAAGCUUCCUGCAAUCCUAUGACGAUCCGAGCAAAGCCGCCCGCGGCCGCUACAGCCCCCGCAUGGCCCCCACAAUCACCGUCCAGCAAUGGCGGAAAGGCUCCCAGUGGUUCGAGAUCCGCCGCGACCUCGCCGAGAAAAUCGUGUCCGACCAGAUAUAUUACCCCGUGUUUCGCGACCACUGCCUUCCGCCGUGUUACAGCGACGAGCAUUACUUGCCGACGUUGGUGAACAUUCUGUGGCCGGACGCGUCCUCGAAUCGCAGCGUCACAUGGGUUGACUGGUCUCUCGGGGGCCCGCAUCCGAGGAGAUUCGGAUGGAUUGAUGUAAAAUUGGAAGUGUUGGAUAACAUUCGAUUUGGAGGAGAUGAGUGUGUGUAUAAUGGGAAUACCACAAGAAUUUGUUUCCUGUUUGCUAGGAAAUUCUUGCCCAAUACCGCCGACCCAUUGUUGCGCCUUUCUCCAUCGCUGCUAGUUUAA